AUGGAGUCUCGUUAAGAUAUGGAUAUAAAGACACUAUGUGCUUUGUGUAAAACAAUGCCCUGUUGUCCUGAACAUUGCUGUGAUGUACAUUAUUAUCUUAUCACUGAUAUAUUUAUUUAGUGGGAUUCCUGUAAAUGCAAUGACUGCGAUUACUGCAAAAAUAAUAGUCAUUAACAUACUGUUGAGAGUGUUGAUCCAAGCAUUUUAAUCAUGUAUUUAAAUUUGAAACUUUCGAUAACAAAUUAUCUAAAUGUAUUCUUUAGAUCAACUGGCACAGAGGAAGUUAAGAAAAUUAAGAAGUCAAAGAAGGAAAAAGUUUAGGAAUCAGAUAAAGAUAAGGAACUGCGUAUUCCUUCAGAAUAGACAAGAGCUAAUGAUGGCGCUUUGAUUAUCAAUUAUGAAGUGCCGAUUGAAGAAGAAGAGGAUAAAGUGUUGUACUCAGGGGGUAUUAAGGGAAUUAGGGCACUCAGAACAUAGAGAGAUGCCUUAAAUUAAUAAAUAAAUGAUGACUUGCUUGAAAGUAGAAAUAAGUUUUCCAAAUAUGAGGAAAAAAAGCGUUGA